AGUCCUGGUGGGAGCAGAAGAGAGUGAAGAUGGAAGAGCAAAGCUUUGCUGGCCCUGAGGCAGGAAACAUCCAGGAAGGGAGCAGUGCAGAGCUCUGGGAAGGAAGAGUGCAGGAGGACCAGCCUGGGAGCAACACCUGCUCAGAGACGGAGCGCCAGGGCUUCAGGGACCUCUGCUACCAGGAGGCUGAAGGGCCCCGAGAGGUUUGCAGCCGACUCCACCUCCUUUGCCGCAAGUGGCUGAAGCCAGAAAGGAACACGAAAGCUGAGAUGCUGGAUCUGGUGGUCCUAGAGCAGUUCCUGGCUGUCCUUCCGCCGGAGGUGGAGAGCUGGGUCAGAGAGUGUGGAGCGGAGACCAGUUCCCAGGUGGUGGCCCUGGCAGAAGGCUUCCUCCUGAGCCAGGCAGAGGAACAAGAGCAGGGGAUGUUGGCCAGAGCACCCACAGAUUUCCCUGAGGCAGAGAAGGCUCCACUGGGCGCCAGUCAGAGGCCCCUGGGCAGAUGGACUUUGCAGGAGGGUGAUGGAGGACCCUCCUCCCUGGGGAGCAGAAAAACCAACAGAGAGAGUGAACUGAUCCUGGGGGAUCCUUCUAGGACUCCUUCGCUUGGUGGUAGAGUGGAAGCGGUUUCUGGGCAGCCUGGGCAGACCUUUGAGGAGGUGGCCGUGCAUUUCUCGGAGGAGGAGUGGGCUCUGCUGGAUCCAGGCCAGAGGACUCUGCACAAAGAAGUCAUGGAGGAGAAUCGUGGGAUCCUGGCCUCUCUGGGUGAGCGCAAGGAAAAUGGCGUACACCAGAGGAGGAAAACUGGAGCUGAAGAGAAGCAGGGAAUCAAGUCCAUUUCUUUUGAAGGGUCAGACGUCUGUGAAACUCCCGUACUAGAAGAACCUUUUGAACAAAAUAAUAGGAAUAUGCACAGUGAGAAGAGACAGCGGAAAGGCUCAGGGAAUGUAAAGACUCAGAAGAUACAUCUUAGCAAAUGUCAAAGAUUUUACACAGGGCAGAAAAGAUUUCAAUGCUUAGAGUGUGAAAAGCAAUUCAGGUUCAACUCACAACUUAACUUGCAUAAAAGAAUUCACAGAGGUGAGAACCCCUAUGAAUGCUUAGAAUGUGGAAAGAGCUUUGCUAACUGCACAGGCCUAAAGCAACAUCAGAGAAUUCACACAGGUGAGAAGCCCUAUAAAUGCUUAGAGUGUGGAAAGAGCUUUGGUCGUAGCACAAGCCUUAAGCGGCAUAAAAAAUUUCAUACAGGGGAGAAGCCCUAUAAAUGCUCAGAGUGUGGAAAGUGCUUUGCUGACAGCACAUAUCUUAAAGUACAUCAAAGAAUUCACACAGGGGAGAAGCCAUAUAAAUGCUCAGAUUGUGAAAAGAGCUUCAUUCAGAGCUGUGAUCUUAAGCAACAUCAGAGGACUCACACAGGGGAGAAGCCCUUCAAAUGCUCAGAAUGUGGAAAAGGUUUCAGUUGCAGCAUGAGCCUUAAACACCAUCACAGAAUCCACACAGGGGAGAAGCCCUUUCAAUGUUCUGAGUGUGGAAAGAGCUUCUGUCAGAGCAGCCAACUUAAAGUGCAUCAGAGGACUCACACGAGCGAGAAGCCCUUUCAGUGCUCAAAAUGUGGAAAGGCUUUCAGUUACAACAGAAGCCUUAAACACCAUCAGAAAAUCCACACAGGGGAGAAGCCCUAUCAAUGCUCAAACUGUGGGAAGAGUUUUUCUGACAGCACAUAUCUUAAAGUACAUCAAAGAAUUCACACAGGGCAGAAGCCAUAUGAAUGCUCAGAUUGUGGAAAGAGCUUCAUUCAGAGCUCCAACCUUAAGCAACACCAAAGAAUUCACACAGAGGAGAAGCCCUUCAAAUGCUCAGAAUGUGGGAAGAGCUUCAAUCAGAGGUCCCACUUCAAGCAACAUCAAAGCACUCAUGCAGCUGAAAAGCCCUUUGAAUGCUCAGAGUGUGGAAAAGAUUUCACCUGCAGCUUAAGCCUUAAAUUUCAUCAAGGAAUUCACACUGGGGAGAAGCCCUACAAAUGCUUAGAGUGCAGAAAGAGCUUUGUUCAUAAAACACUACUUAAGCGGCAUCAAAGAAUUCACACAGGGGAGAAGCCCUAUAAAUGCUCAAGCUGUGGGAAGAGUUUUUCUGACAGCACAUAUCUUGAAGUGCAUCAAAGAAUUCACACAGGGGAGAUGCCGUAUAAAUGCUUGGAUUGUGGAAAGAGCUUCAUUCGGAGCUUUGACCUUAAGCAACACCAAAUAAUUCACACAGGGGAGAAGCCUUUUGAAUGCUUAGAGUGUGGAAAGACCUUUGCGCACAGGACAGUACUUAAGCGACAUCAAAGCACUCACACAGGGGAGAAGCCCUAUAAAUGCCUAGAGUGUGGAAAGCGCUUUGCUGACAGCACAUACUUUAAGAAACAUCAAAGUAUUCACACAGGGAAGAUGCCAUGUAAAUGCUCGGAUUGUGGAAAGGGCUUCAUUCGGAGCUUCGACCUUAAGCAACACCAAAUAAUUCACACAGGGGAGAAGCCCUUUGAAUGCUUAGAGUGUGGAAAGACCUUUGCUCACAGGACAGUACUUAAGCGACAUCAAAGCACUCACACAGGGGAGAAGCCCUAUAAAUGCCUAGAGUGUGGAAAGAGCUUUGCUGAUGGCACAUACUUUAAGAAACAUCAAAGCAUUCACACAGGUGAGAAGCCCUUUCUAUGUUCUGAGUGUGGAAAGAGCUUCAUUCGGAGUGGUGAACUUAAGCAACACCAAAGAAUUCACACAGGGGAGAAGCCCUUCAAAUGUUCAGAAUGUGGGAAGAGCUUCAAUCAGAGGUCCAGCCUCAGGCAACAUCAAAGCACUCAUGUUGCUGAGAAGCCCUUUGAGUGUUCAGAGUGUGGAAAAAGCUUCCGUUUGAGCAGCCACCUUAAGUUGCAUCAAAGAAUUCAUGUAGGGCAAGAAGCCGUACAGAUGUUUAGAGUGUAG